AAUAACAGCAUUGACGUCUCAAGAUCGUGCUUAAGCUGGAACUUGAAUAAGAUUCGACUAUGAAUUUCGGCCUAAGACUCUAGUCAGGGCAUGUGACGCGAACAGACCCAUAGAAUUCGGGUAUUCACCGCAUUUUAUAAUAACGGAUUUGGUACAGUAUAUAUAUAUAUAUAUAUACCAGAUCUUUUAUUAGAUAAUUGUCGAAUAAAGGCUUUCGAUGAAAAGGUCAUCUUUGAAAUCACAGACAAGACCAACUAUCAUUUAAAAAAAGUAUAAUUUAUUAUUGAUUUCUAAAAGAAUUUGUAAAAAUAAUGGAUACAACAGGAGAAGAAAUUACAGACUUACUUUGGGAAGAGAUGAAGAUAUUUGCUAUAGAACAACAGCAAUGCUUCUACGAGUUUCUUGCCGAUCCCGAUUGGACAAUAUAUAAAAGUGAUGAAUAUAAAUAUUUAAAACAGAAUAUUGGAUAUGCGAUUUAUGGAUCACCGGAGAGCACCAAGGACACCAAAAAAGAAGAAGACAAUAGCUGUUAUUAUGAAACAGAAAAUUCGAAUGAUAUGGGUGAUGUAGCUGACACAGUGAAUUAUAAUAAAAAAGCUAAAAAAGUCAUAGAUAAAAUUUAUGAACAGAUAUGCAAGUGUACGAUAGAAACUGAUGAUUCUCAACAAAUUUAUUAUAGUAUCAUUUUUAAUUUAAUUUUUCGUCCAAAAACAAAUGUAAAACCUAAGAAAGAAGUGAAAAAGGAAGUAAAGGAAGAGGCAAAAGCAGAAAUAAAAGAAAAAGCAGAAGAUAAAAAAGAACUAAUUAUAAAUUCUGUUCCUAUUUUUAAAAUCCGAAAGAGUGUUCAGAACAAUUCCAAAACUACAAAAAGCGCUGAACAAGAGAAUACACCUGCUGAUGAAAUACAAUAUGAAACAUGGUACAUUGAUACCAAUGGCAGAGUAUACAAAACUUGGGCAGACUAUAAAGAAAAUAAUAAUUUACCGCAGUGCACUAUGGUUAUUCCAAAGGAUGGUUUUUAUCAAGCAGAUCCAGCUUAUCCAAUUACAGAGGAAUAUUCGACAGUUUGGCUAGAGAUCAUGGAUUCCCCUGCGUGUACGUGGAAAGCAAAAAUUUGCAAUGGAAUUGAUAUCGCUUCCAGUUUUAUCGGAAUUGGCAUAACUGGCUUGAGUGUCGCAUCAAUGUUAACACCUCUUGCGCCAGUUGUUAUUGUAUCAGGUAUAGCUGCUGCUGGUGUAAGUGGUGCUUGGUCAGUUGGCCGAAAUUCCCAACAAUUAAUAGAUCGCAGUAGCCAUGAAGAAUCCAUUCAUCUUUUUGACAAAGAAGCAUUUCCACAUUAUCUCGGCAUAGCCGGUACCACAUUUGGUUUAGGAGCAAUUGGAGGAUCAGCAAUUAUUUCUAACGUUGCUGCACGCGGUAUAACAGUAAAUACCUUUGCGAGAGUAGCAUUCAAUACUGUACAAGGUGGAAACCUGUUCUUGAACGGUGUUGGCAUGCUAUAUCAGGGUUAUUAUAUGAUAGACAAAUAUAUAACGGAGGACACAGUAAGUGUUGUAGAUGCAUUAAAUUUGGCAACGCAUAUUAUGUUUUUCUGCGGCUCCGUAGUAAAAAUUCAAUUUGCCAACGACAUCAUCGAGAGUACGCAAGGUAGAGUUAUCAAUGAUUACAGGGAAAGUUUGAGCUCCAAACGUCUUCGUAAAAAAUACAAUCGCGUUGUAAGAAACGCCGCCGAAAAUAAUGUAUCUAAAAUAUCCGAAAAUGCAGAGGUGAUACGUUAUAUAACAAAACGCCAAGAGCUAUUAUCUAAUCAGCCUACAGCUAACAGCAGUAAUCGGAUAUUAAACAAUCGCAAUAUCGUAUGGUCGUGCGAAGGUGGUAGACUAAGAGUCAAUGGGAUUGUAUUGCUAGAUCCUGUUGAGUAUGUUACUCGCCUUAUAAGAUUAGGUAUAUUUAUCGAAAUCGACCAAAACAAUUCAUCUGGUCCACAAAAUCAUACUAAUGACGCUGUCGUUGAUCAGUUAUUACAAGUAUUCUGUAACUUAUUAUCGAAAUACUAUGAUAGCGAUGACUGUCCUAGGACUAUGAAUCUACCAGUGCUGCCAGAUUUCGAACCGCUGAUAAGGGAAAUGAGUUCUAUGCAUAUUAAUGAAGAUUAUUUGAAGAUGCUGUUCAAAAUCACGGAAAAAUUAAUGAAGCGUUCUAGAAGUAUGGACGACUUUCUAUUUCAAACGUUUACUUUUGUUUGGCAAUAUUGUAAAGCAAACUUGAGACAGUGGGGCAUGAGCUUAUGCUAUUAUACGCAAAGCAUUUCUAGCAGUAAGAUCUUGCAAAAAAUUAUCAUUGCAAUUUUUGAAGCAAUUGAUAUGGUGCUUAAUAAUUUGUUCUGUGCCUUUGGGAUGUAUAUAGAUUCCAAUAUGGAUAGAUAAAUCAGGGAUUAAAAUUAAGAAUAGAUUCUAUAAUAUAUGAAAAUAUGACUAAUAUAAAAAUUCGGGAAUUAAAAUUAAGAAUAGAUUCUAUAAUAUAUGAAAAUAUGACUAAUAUAAAAAAUAGAAAUUAGAAAAAUGGCGCACACAAUAACUCGUAAUAAUAAGUCACAAUUUUGAUAGAUAUAUAUGCUAUAUUUAUAAGCAUAUAAAUUAUAUUUAAUCGAAGUUAUUUAAAUAAUACGUUGAAAAAAAAAUUCCCAAUGAGAGCUGGUACUGGAUAUAAGCAUGCAAGAAAUUUAUUUAGGCUGAUGUUAAACGUGUUGCAACGCGAAUACAAACGUUGAACUUAUGUAUACAUCGAAUACGCUAAUAUAUCGAACGUAUGAACUUAUGUAUACAUCGAAACUACUAAUUUUGACUCACAUUUCGAAUGUAGCAGAAUAAGAUUACAAAAAUAUCCAUUCUAUAAUUUGUGUUAGCUUUGAAUGAUGUAAAAAUGUAUGUCAAAACUGUAAAAGAUCUUCCUCAUAGUAAUAAGAAUAUAAGAUAAUCCAAGUAAAGAAAGGCGGAAAAGGAAGAUAAUUUGUCAGUUAUAGUUAAAAAUGUGGAGAUACAAUUUUGUUAAUGUAAAACGAAAAUUAUUUGCUAAUUUGCUCGACGUGAUGAGCUCAUUAAAUGAUGAAAGUACAUUGUUUUUUUCUUUUUUAUGUUUUAAAAAAUUUGAUACCAUUAUGUCAUGAUUGUAUAGUAACAUCCCAGUAUUUUUUUAUGCAUAAGCUUUAAAAUCUCUUGCGUUAAUUGAAUAUAACGAUCUUGAAAAAUGUUAUGUAUAUAUAUUUGUAAAAUAUCUUUUAAUGCAAUAUCUGAAAUGUAUAUCUUAAAUGUGAAUGUUAUAUAUUUUCAAAAAUUUGUAAUAUAUCUUAAUUAUUAUGGAUAUGAGCAAUUUUUACAAUUUGAAACAAUUUUAAAUUAUUGAAAAUGUAUUGCAUAUCAUUCUGUGCCUUAUAUUUCAAUCUGUUAUAUGUAUUUAUUCAGAUUAUAUGAAUAUUAUUGAAAUUGUUAAACAAUAAAUAUUUUGCAUUUCCUUA